AUGGUUGCGCCUCUCUCGGUCUGCGAAGUUGAGGUCACCCCGAAGGGGCCCUCCGGAAAUCGACAUAUUCUACAGACCGCGGGCGGUAUGUGGCCUCUGCAGCUGCAAGGCGUCGCGCUUGCUUCGCAUGACCGAAUUCGCAUCGUGGCGGACACCGUGCUUUGUGGACUUGAAGGCAGUGCCACCAUGCAUGAUGCCGUUCUGGCAUUGACUGCGCCGAUGGGGCAGCGUGCUCAUGGAGACUUUCGGUCGGAAACCUGGGAGAACAUCCAAAUUAAUCGACGCUGUGCUAAACAGCAGUUCUGCAUAGCCGUCUCCAACCAGCGCGUCUUCUUCACCGAGCGGGCUACGCACAUGCUGCGCUGGUUGGACAUAGAGGAGGGGGACUUUGGUUCGGCCUUCAAUGCACAGCUCUCCACUCCGCUCGGUCUUGCUUUGGCUCUUACUUUGAUCAGGCUGAUGAUGCGCUCUGAUUCUGUUGUGUGCCGCGAGCUGUCAAGCACGGUUCUUUCCGACAUGUGCACGGGGUCGAUCUACAUCGCGGACUAUGGCAGUGAUCGGGUUCGCAAAAUUGACUUGACACAGGACCCUCUCAACAGAGGCUGGCUCAGAGGGAGGCCAUCUUACGUAGGUCAUGACUGCAUCCAGCGGGCGGCCUCUGCCAUCCAAAACCUGGGGCAGACAGGUAUCAUCGAAACAGUUGCGGGGAACGGCUUUCGUGGCUUCUCCGGUGAUGGCGGGCCAGCACGAGAGGCACAGCUGAAUGGGCCCUCCGGCGUGGCUGUGGACUUGAACCAGAUGCUCUGGAUUUGCAUCUGGGCUGAAACGAUUGCAUUCGCGUCAGCCUUGGCACGAAUGCGCGACAGUGGCAACAACGUCCUCCGUGUGGUGUCGAUGGAAAUCCCGGUCAGGAUUCCAGGCAGCAACGAGUUUGAGGCCAAUGUGAUUUUGACGGCGGCGGGUGGCUCCACUGGGCAAAGCCAGGGCAAAGGCGAUGGCGGAGUGGCCUGGCUGGCGCGGAUGCAGGGCCCUUCCGGGGUGGCCGUGUCUUCCGCUUUCGUCAGCAACGAGGACCCUGCACUUCCUAGUCCUGUCACCCCGGAGGUCGUGAUUGGGUUUCCGCACAGGACGGCACGCUGCCAGUCAACGUCUACAUUUCGGAAAGCAUGGGCCAGCAGGCGAGAUCCCCGGCUGCCCAGUUGA